UGUUGUAUAAAAUCAUCAAUCUUUGGAUGAAAAAUCAAUGAAAAGAAGUUUUGUGAAAACAAUUUAAAACCUCAUGAGGUAUUCGUAUAAUUUCUAAAAUCUCAAGGAGUUUUGUGAAAAAAUCGAAAAUCUUAAAGGGUGUUAGUGUAAAUAACUCUACAUAACCAAAUGCAACACCCUUCUAAAAAAGCAAAACGGUUGAUCAUAAAGUUUUGCUACCGCCAAAUAAAUAAAAGAUGCCAAUCAAUAUUGUAACAACUGAAAUAAUUUGGACAUAAAAUAAAGGAAUUAUAAAAGUAAAUUAGCCAGUCAUAAAGGAAAUUCAUUAAAUAAAAAGCUUCUUUGUAACGGGGAUUUCUACUUUAGAAAAAGGCAAAGAAAGAUAUCUUCAUCCAUCUUUUGGAUUCAAACUUGGCUUCUUAUUUUUUGUUCGUAUGUUUCAAAUGAAAAAAACGAUCGACAUGAGUAUGAAAUUUGAAACGAACAAUUUAUGCGAAUGCAAAUUUGUUAAGAACCAAGCCCAGCCCAACCCAACCCCAAGUCAGCAGUCUAUUUCUUCCCCAUAGGCUUGCCACCACUGCGCAUCUUAUACAAGAUCCUCUUUCUCUCUUUCUCUCUCCUACAAUCCUAUUCCCUUUUCGCUCCUUCUAUUCUAUGUAUAAAUAGUAGCACUCAUAUAUAAAUAAAUAGAGAUCCUCCUCCUCCCUAUAGAUUCCCAGAAUCGCGCUCUUUCACUCUCUGAGAUACCAGAAACGAACCCAGAAAAGAAAAAAAAUUAAAAAGGAAAGAAAAAAACUUUCUUUCUGCUUCCCUUUUUUUUUUGGCGCGAAAAAAAAGGAGGCAGCAAUGAAAAUAGCCAAUGGGGAUCGGGAGGUGUGCGUGGCCUCGCCUGCGGCCAAGGCUCCGUCGGUCGGAGAUGAGAAAGAGAGGGAGGCAGACGCAUUCGUGCCACCUCUAAACUUUGCGAUGGUCGACAAUGGCGUGUUUAGGUCCGGUUUCCCUCAUUCUGCCAAUUUCAGCUUUUUGAAAUCCCUAGGCCUACGUUCCGUUAUAUACUUGUGCCCGGAGCCGUAUCCGGAGGAGAACGAAGAGUUUUUGAAAGAAAAUGGGAUUAGGCUUUUCCAGUUUGGGAUGGAUGGCUCUCAGGAACAUUUUGUGAAAAUUCCGGAGCAUGCAAUUCGUGAAGCAUUAAAAGUAGUCCUUGAUGUAAGGAAUCACCCGCUCCUGAUUCAUUGCAAACGAGGGAAGCACCGGACAGGCUGCCUUGUUGGAUGCGUAAGAAGGUUGCAAAAAUGGUGCCUGACCUCAAUCUUCGACGAGUACCAGAGGUUUGCAGCUGCAAAAGCUAGAGCUUCAGAUCAAAGGUUCAUCGAAUUGUUUGAUAUUUCUAGCGACGAACACUUGCCAAUGUCAUUUUCGUGUUCAAAAAGGAUAGUGUAGAGUCUUUCGCUACCUAGAGAAUGACCUUUCGGCCCUUUUAGUAUGUGAAGAUGAUUAUUGAUGAUUAAUCAAGUCCAGAAGAAUGUGCAGUACUCAAAAUGCGUGUUCAUUUUCAUUCAAAUCUGUACCUAGCAGUACAAAAUAGUCGUUGAUUCCAACUUCACUUUAAACUUUUGAUGAUGCAUGAAUUUGACCUGUCACUAAAUUCCCAGUCGAAAA